GGAACCUGUACUCUUCCACAGCAUAAGGAGAGAGGAAUCCUCAUCACAUUAUAAUCACUCGCUCAUUUUUAUUUUUUUUACAAAGUGAGCUAAUGGCUUCACUGGGAGACACAUUAUAAUAUAUCUUCGCUAGAUCUGGACUCUGUCUUUUUUUUUUUUUUUUUAAAGGUGCACCUUUCUUUUUUCGCGUGUUGGAGCUCAACGGUAUUUCAACUGGUGGAUGAUCAAGAUGGCCCUGAAGCUGCUGAUACGUGUAGAAUGUGAAGAUGGUAGAGAGAGGCCAGUCAUAUGAAUGAAAAAGAGAAAGUGUGGGUUUAACGGUCUUGAUAUGGAGACGUCUUGAAACGAUACCUGGACAGAUUAUGAUUUCAUCAGAAACAACUUUGAAUAUAUAAUUCAUUUAGUUUGCUUGUUAAUGCAAACAUACCUGUCGUGGUACUAUGUUUUUUUUUAUUUUUCAUAGUACCACAAAUAUUGACAGUGAUAGAUGAAGAUGGCUGGAUGUCAUUGUUUUUUGUAGCAGUGCUAAAAGGGCUGCUGUGAUAACAGCCUUAUCUCUUGAUGACUGCAAGUAGAUGACAUUUUAAUGAAAACAAAGGCCUUCUAGACAUGCCUAAAUGUGUUCGUGCAGAUAGCAGUUUGAGAUUUUAGUUAAGAGUCGAGCUAUACAGGUUAGGUUCAGUCUGACGAUGAAUCCUAGUGUGGAGGUGAUGGACAUCCAAACAAGAAGUCAAAAGGAAAAAUUGACUCCAAUCAGAGCCAAUUCCAAAAAUGACCUGGAGAGUGAGGAUGACAAAAUCCCAGGGUCCUAUGACUGCAACAUUUGUGGACGCAGUUUCCCUUUCAUGAGCUCUCUGUCACAGCAUAUGAGACGCCAUACUGGUGCACGCCCUUAUAAAUGCCCCUACUGUGACCACAGGGCCUCUCAGAAGGGAAACCUUAAAGUUCACAUACGCAGCCACAAACUGGGCACGCUAUCUAGCCACCACUCCAAUGAUGACCAAGAGGGAGGAGCAGAGGAAGAAGAGUUGAGUGUUUCAGAGGGUUUUGAUGGAGGCACAAGUCCAACCAAAAGCACCUCUGCUUGUAACCGUAUGAUGAGUGGAGAUGGUGCUGAAGAUAGUCGGAGGAAAGUGCCUGUGAGGAGCUUGAAAAGAGAGAAAUCUGUAAGUGACCAGCAGCCUUACUGCUGUCGUCUUUGUGGCUAUGAGGCCCAGCGGGAGGACCAGCUCCUGAGUCACAUUGAAAAGGUCCACAUUACUGUCGACACAGAUGAGCAGACAAGUGUUAAGGAAGAAGCCGUGGUUGAACCCGAAGUUCUCCUGCCUCAGUGCGAUGGGACCUUUCCUUGUGAAACUUGUGGCCAGGUCUUCACUCAGGCCUGGUUCUUAAAGUCACAUAUGAAGAAACAUGCAGGAAUCUUGGACCAUUGCUGUCGCAUAUGUGGGAGACGAUUUCGCGAAGCUUGGUUUCUCAAGUCCCACAUGAAAACACACAACACAAGAUCACGAUCACGAGCAAAAUCAGAUUCUACUGAGCAUCCAGCCACCAUCAACGAUGUAGCCCAAGAUCCUGAAAUUGUCAGCUGUGUUGCAUCUGUCUAUCAAAUGUGCUCGAAAUGUGGGAACUUGUUUGAUAGCCGAGAGAGCUUGAGAGUCCAUGAUAAAGUCCACAGUCUCAGCUAUGGAAAGAAAUUGCAGGGCCGAUCACGACCCAGCGAUGAUGAGGACGCCCCAGCAGCGAAAAUAUGUUUACUUGACUACUUAUGCCUUCAGCCGUUUAGAGACAAUGCUGAGGAUGAUGUCAGUAAUAGGAUACUGGGUCAGCGAAUCCCUGAGCUUGAUCCAGUUUGCAGCCACCAAGCAUGGCAAUUAGCUACUAAAGGAAAGGUUGUGGAACCAGUAGAGUGCAACAAGACUUCCAGUGAUGGAGGAAGUAUUGGAGAAGAAGACCUUACUGCAGCUGCUGUAGUGUAUGAGAAGGAAAGAAGCAGUUAUGUCCUUCAAGGUCAGGAAAGACGCAGCUCAGUUCGCCGCAGCAGCUCUGUUUUGGGAAACCAUGUUUCAUCUGGAGAUCAGACACCAGAGAGCCUCAGUGAUUCUGAGUACCGACCUUCAUCUCGCCAGGAACGGAGACGACCAUCACAGGCUCAAGGUCCCGCCAAAUCCAAUGAGUGCUUCGAAUGUGGUAAGAAGUUUCGCAGUCGCCACAAGAUGAUUGUCCACCAGCGCGUCCAUAGAAAGGAUGGAGUCAGGACGUCCAUCGAAAACAAUGUGAGAACUGAGAAUAAAGACCAAUGGGGCUCAACCAGUGACCAAGAGUCAGGCUCCCCAAGCCGACCUUUCACCCCGGGGUAUGGAGACUCUCCACCAGCCUCCACUCUCAGAGACCAUGCAUCCGAAAUGGGAACCGCUAACUCAGGGGAACUUGCAGAUGGAAACCCUUACGUCUGUAGCCUGUGUGACUUUGUUACCACCGAGUCAGAAACGUACCUGGCUCAUGUGCGUGUCCAACAUCCAGCGUCCUCCGAAGAGAAAACCAGCCCCAUUCCCAGAGUCGCCCCUAAUGGUUAUCCCAAGUUGAAGAAAGCCCUCCUGCAGGGGCUGACAAUAGCAGAAUCCCCACCAGCUCACCCUUCAACUUGCUCCUCUCCACUGGAUCCUGUGGAUCUCUGUGUCAGAGCUGGGGGUCACAGGGGCAGAACCCCCGCAAACCUCGACAGGAAAAUCCUCCCAAACCACAAGUGUUCCUUCUGCUCCCAUUCAACUCUCUAUCCCGAGGUUCUGUGGAUGCACCAGACUAUUGCUCACCGCAUGACCAGUAGUAGUUCCAAUCUGGCACCGAAAUGGGCUCUGAAAAACAGCAACAAGGCGCCCAAAAACCGCUUGUUAUCCUCUGUAAGGCGUACUGGUCCCCCACCGGUCAUGGAGGGUAAGGAAUGUCCACCACUGCCGGCGCUAGCGCGUGUCCAACGCACACGGCCCCCAAUGCAGAUAAGCGAGGUACGAAAAAAACAAAAAACAAGUUCUCAUUCAGGUACAACACAACCAUCAUCCUCUACCCCCUCGCCUUUGCCGUCGAGAGCCUCCACAUCCGCCUCAAGAUCUCAAGCUGGGAAAGUCCCUCAGAAUCAACCUCCUCGCAUCAGACACAAAGUGACUAUAUCCUCGGGAGGAAGCUCACAAUCAUCCUUCAUCUCUGCAGAGAAGAGCCCCAGCACCAUUUCACGACCACCAGCCCCAUACCCCGAUUCUUCCACAGCUUCCAGGAGGGCAGACCAUUACGCGAUGCCACAGGAGGGACUGGGCUUCAUGCUUUCGAACAAGUAUAAUGGUCAAGCAGAGUACAACCGAGCUGGAGGCUCCUCUCAUCGGCCGCUCGCGAACUACCACAACGAGCAGCGUGCUAAUGCUUCAAGGCCUAGUACCAUCACUCAUAGCUCCACGAUGGGACACAACUAUGGAGCCUCACAGGCACAUGGCAGCAUGCUGCAGACUUAUUUAGGUUCAUCCUCCUUUCCCUCAAAACCUAAUGAAAAUGUGAAGCAGGAGCCAUUGACAGAGAUUCAAGAAAUACCAAACGACAUCCUCAGCUUCCUCAAAAACUACAGCCCCCAUGAUCUCGCUGCGCUUUACCACCGCUGGGGGGCCACUAAUGCACUUUUGGAUCCUACUGGGAUGCUGAGGUCUCUCAUGCAGCAGGGACAACAUUUCUGCCACGAGUGCGGGAAGAGUUUCAGUCAACCCAGCCACCUGCGCACACAUAUGAGGUCCCAUACAGGGGAGAGGCCUUUCUGCUGCCAGCUCUGCCCAUACAGAGCAUCUCAGAAAGGGAACCUGAAGACACAUGUCCAGAGUGUCCACCACUUGCCUUUUGACAACAACCAGUACCCAGACUCAAGGACCUUGUUAUCAAGCCCCGAGGAACGAGGAGCUUGUCAGACCACCACCGACGUCACGGGAGCAGCAAUAGGUCCUCACAUACAAUCCAGGCCAGUCAGGGACUCACACAUCUGACUACACCAUCAUUACUUUAAAAAUAUGAGGACUCGAGGAAAUUUGCAGUUUUCGGAUGACAAUUUUAAAUAUGUUCUUGCUUCGCCAUCCUUUAAUGAGGGUUUCCUAUAUUUUUUUGUAGUUUGAAGGAGCUGUUUUAGAAUAAAUACAUAGAAAAGGCUGCUCUACAAUACAGUACAACAAGUACAGUACAGUCCUGUACAAGUUAGGGUUUACACCCAUUUAUGUCUUAACGUGCAGUAAAAUGAAGUUUGCCAGCUCAACAAAUAAUAUGGGAAAAUGAAGACUGUGUUUAAUCUAUGUUUUUUUUCUAGGGUCCAUGACAAAACCCAUACUGUCCUAAUGGUAGUCCCAACAGAUAAAGAGUCCUACGGCUACUACUCGAGCAGCCGCAAACAUGCUUAAAAACGACUAGUGAUUAUUUGAUUAUCAAUGUAGUGGCCGAUAAAUGUUCUCUGGAUUGUAUAAUUGAUUAAUCGACUAAUCAUAGCAGCUAUAAAGAGUUUGUCUUCAGGGCUGGAAGCCAUUAAAAUGUCUGCGUGUGUGUGUGUGUGUGUGUGUGUGUGUGUGUGUGUGUGUGUGUGUGUGUGUGUGUGUGUGUGUGUGUGUGUGUGUGUGUGUGUGUCAGCAUGCACAAAUGUGUUAAAGUCACUUGGCUCCACUCUUUAAGUGCGGUCUUAGGAGUGACCACUCUGAGGGGGAAUGAUUAGAGGCAGGGAGGUGAGAUUAGUGAGAGAGAGAAAGAUGUGUCUGCACUAAUGCUCAUUAAAAAGAGUUGCGUUUUAAUAGCCAUUAUAAAUGAGUGUACCGUUUUUAUGGUCAUACAAUUAUUGUCAAUUGAAGAGGAAGGGGCUGAGUGCCGGCAGUUUCCAUCUAUAUAACUCCUUUAUAUUACUGAGCCUUUCCCACACUGACACUUUGACUUUGAUUUACGCUGCAAACCUGCAGUGGGAGCGGCAUGAAGUCUCAGAUAGAAAUUGCACAAAUUACAGUCCGGCUUGUGCACUUUUGGUGGCAAAUAUAAUUCUGUUAAUGUGCUAAAUGACACUAAGAUGUCAAAACGCACAGAUGUUCAAUAGUCAGAUUCAUUCUAGACUUCCCUUUUUACUCGAAAAAAAUUACAUAGAUUCACUGCAACCCCUUUUAAGAUUUAUGUACCAGACACAUUUUAGUUUCUUGGUUACUGUCUUAAAGGGGUACUGCAGUUUUUUUUUUUAAAUGUUUGCCUAUCUUUCACAAUCUUUACGUGAGACAAGAAAACAUAUGUCUUCCUUUUUUCAUCCAUUCUAACUAGUAAAUAAAUGUGAUCAUGAGAGCCAACAAACACAACAAAACAUCACUUACUGUACAAUGUCUUCUCUCACUGGGAUGCCGACUGAUGGGAUGCUCAUAUAUUCCUGUUUAGAUGAAGAAUGACUCAUAAUCCUCACAAAGAAAAAAAGUGGGGUGCAACUAAGCAUAUUUUCAUGUUUUUCUCACCAUUUCUGGGUCUAAGAUGCCAAAGUUGAACAACUUUACGGAUUAUGUCCUCAUUCUUCUACUAUCAAAGUGAGAGACAUUAUUUAUGAUCUACAAAAAACUUUCACAAGUUCCGAGACGAGAAAGCAGCUCACCAGCUGAUGAUGUAUGUCUGUGUUAGUGCUUAUAAUAAUAUCACUAAUACUUGGUUGGUAUUCAGGUCAUUGCUGGCGGUUUUUGGAUGGUUAUUUAGAAGGCGUUAUGGGUGAAAUAGACUCCAUUGUCAGUGGAUUUUUAUAUACAUCUGUCUUCUUGUCUCUCAUAAUGAUCAUGAACGAUAGGCAAAACUUUAAAAAGAGAAGUGCAGUUCUCCUUCGAUGUGGUCAACUACUUGAUCAGUGUGCACAGCACAUUAGCAUUGGACUCUGCAACUGAUCACCACAAUUGAAUACAACUCAAUACCCAGAAUAAAGUGGUUGUCGUUAUUGAAUGAUUUGUAGCUUAGGAUGCUAAGAGUUCUAAGAAAGUGCAGUCUGCGGUCAAAAAGUCAGGCCUGCAUGCCUUGUUGGUCCCAUAGCGGGACAUUUAACAAUGCAGCCUCAGGACUUUCCUCGACGAUACAACCUAGUAUUUUCACACCCAUUCUAUCCUUCAGCCAUGCCGCUAAAUAAUGACCUCGUAGCUGUUUUAGAGCACAUGUGUGCAUGUGGUUUUUUUCAACCUGGAAAUACGGUGGUACCUCAACUUACAAGUAUUUUGAGAGCUGUCUCCUGCCUUUAAGUUGUGAGCAUUCCUGGCGCUGGUAGUAUUUGUCCACAACCAGAGAGCGACACAAUCCUGCCCUCCAACCACCAGAACUGAAAAAGGGAGUGAAAAGGAAAGACACUCAUCAAAUCAGAAAAACAAAUCAAUUAAAAACUUGGGAUGUACGAUAUCAUCACAGUUUAAAGGCCACGGUACGGUAUUAUUGCGGUAUCUUCCAAAAAAAAAAGAAGAAUUGGUAAUAAUGCCAUCGUGUGUAAAAUGAAAUGGGAAGAUUGUUAACGAUAAACACACUUACUGUAAUUGAACACAAACAUAAUGCUCAAAUUAUCUAAUCAUAUGUUUUACUAUAAACAAGUAUUUUGAAGUGCAAAUAAUAGUGCUGUAACAUCCAGUGUUUCAAGUAACAAGCAAAUAUAAAAAUAUAGUUUGGUGUUUUCAAACUGACCGUGUAAACAUCCAGUGUAAGAAGUGUAAAACAAAAAUGUUCACCUUUAACUUACUGAGACCCCGAGAAUGCUGACAAUUUCACUUUUAACACAUUUUAAUACCUCACAAAUUGAUGUUUGGCCCCACUGGCUUGCUUAGUUUCACAUCAAGGAUAUUUUCCAGGUGAUGGUAAAUCAAGUGGCUUCUCAUAUUUCUAAUAUUACCCAACUUAUGUCUGCCAACUUUUCGUUGCAUGUCCGCGCUCCCACACGAUAUCACUCCAUGUCUAUACUCAUUUGUCAGAUUGAAGAGAGACAUGUUUCCUCCUUGAUCGUUUUUGUUCAUUGCAAAACCAAAAUGCAUUCAUACUUAUGAUUGAAACAACGAAGGAGGUUCCGACAGUUUUCCGCUCUGCACAGGGGAUCAUCGGAGAUUUACUGUGGUUUACUUCCCAGACCAGCCCAUUCAACAGCACCAGAAAAACAUACACUGAAGGGAGUGCUCCACGUUCUCGUUUGAUACCGUCACAUUCCAUGGGAAUUUUGAAACGGCAACGUACCGCACUACUUACAAUACAGUUACAUCUCUAUUAAAUCAUGUCCUACCAGGGGGGAGGUCCCCACAUCUGCGGUCCCCUCCAAGGUUUCUCAUUGUCAUCCCAUUGGGUUGAGUUUUUUCUUGCCCUGAUGUGGGAUCUGAGCCGAGGACGUCGUUGUGGCUUGUGCAGCCCUUUGAGACACUUGUGAUUUAGGGCUAUAUAAGUCAACUUUGAUUGGUUGAUUGAUACCGUGUAGCAGACUCGGCGAGAAAGCCUGACCGCAGCACCGCCAGUCCGCACCAUUCCGAAAGUAAAAGUCAGCCUGCACAUUUAUCAAGACAUUUAUCCAUGAGAAUAUCGAGAAGCUGCUGAGUAGUGUACACAACCCGCUUCAGUUCGUGUUCAAUUCAAACCGGACAAUCGAGCAGUAGCUUUGCUCACUGGGUCAAGUCGGUUGCUUUCAACUCUGACCUCUCCAGUCCGACAUGCAAAGACGUCCGUGUGCAACAUAAACAACAAUAACAAUUACUAUAUUUACAUGAUGGAGAAGAAGCCUGAAUGGCACGCCACAUUCGUCCCGUCCCCAAGUAAAUACUGUACAAUAUUAUUAUUUAAUAUUAAUUCAUAAAACUACUGUGCUACUUUCGACUGUAAUGUAAUGUGUUUUUCUUUUUCAGAAUCAGAACCAGAUUUAUUUGGCCAAGUAUACUUGCAUAUACAGGGAACUUGUCUUCGGUAGUUGUUAGCUCUCUAAACAUACAACAAAUAGACAAGUAUACAUUCACUGAGCAAGCAAGUACUUUUGAAAGGCAUGUUACAUAAAAAAAAUGGUGGUAUUGUGAGAGGGUCAAGUACGGAUGAAAUACAUUUAGGUUCAUUUCAAUGGGAGACAUUGAUUUGAGAUACGAGCAUUUUGAGUCAUAGAACCAAUCUAGCUCGUAAAUUGAGGUACCACUGUACUUAAUCAUUGGAAAAAAUUGUAAUUAGGAAAGGAUUACUAACAUCCACUCUGCAGCCUUUCUUCAACAUGUGUACUAGCCGGCAUCAUUUGCGUGUUAACUUGAAGAAGAGGGCUGGGCUAUAUGAGGAGUUUUUUUGUCUCUUUUACUUGGGUUUGUUUCCUCAACAACCCCAAAUUGUGUAAGCCAUGCAUCAACGCUUUGGGGGGAAGAAGAACAAAUUGUCAGGGAAUUUAAAUGUUUUUGCACGGGUGGACGAUGCAAAACUGUUAACAGAGAAUGAGACUAUAAGUCUGUUUUGAAACCUCAGUAGUUUUUAACGACCAAACAAUGGAUGUAAUACCAGCUUGUCGUUGAAAUAUGCAUACAAUAUUGUGUGCUUCAAUAUGCCUAAUGAUACACAAAUGUGUAUAUUGAAGUUGUGCAUUGGUGAAAAUACUUGAAAAUGGAUAUUCUAGCCUUGUAGUGUAGAGUAGUACUAAUACCCACGUUGUACAGAAUUCCCUUUAAGAUGAAUAAUAACCUCCUCGGUUAGGAAUUUGUACUCCGAAGUGUGACUUGGAAAAAAGUGUGCAGGCGGAGUGAGUGUAAUAUAAACGAUGUACGUGUAAUCCAAUCCUACCAAACCCUUUAUAUACAGCGGUAGAAACCAAAUGGCAUUUUUAGUGCACUUAGAAUAGGUUACUGCGUUUAACUUUGGGUUCAGUUCUAGCCAAGGUUACGUUGAGAACGUUUCUUUAACAGUGCCAGCUUAAUGUAAAUCUGGAAGCGUUUUGCAUAGAUUUUAAUGACAGUUUAGUUAUGUUUCCUCAAGGAAAGUUUGACAAGUGCUUAUUGUUCAUGAAGAUGUAAGAGCUUGUUUUUAGUCUCUAUUUGCUAAAUUGUAGAAUUUGUGUCAUUAACUCGCCGUGUCUGGCCUCCCACUGGGACUGUUUUUUUUUUCUUCUUUUGGGGGUUUAUCACUUAUUUUAAGUUGUAUUUUUUUCUGUCUGUGAGCUUUUUAUUUGUAAUCAACUUCAUGAUUAAUGUACCUUAGACGACCUUAUUAUUCCAAGUGUUUUGGUUGGAAUCUGUAUUUAUUAUCACUUCAAAAAGGACACAAGGACAGAGGCAGGACGGUUGUUUGGUAGUUUUGAUUUUUCUGGGUUACUAUUUUUUUGUUUUUUUUGUUUUUUUUACUGUGUCGUUUUAAAGCCAGCAAGCUGAAGUGAAAGCUCUACCUCGUCUGAGCCAUUCUCAGUUCUGUUACACUUUUGUAAAUCAUUUCAAAAACAUGUUAUGUCAUGUCCACAAUAAAGACACACAAAAUGGCAAGGUUUGGCACCGCGUCUCCUGGUUGUUUUGCUUCCGCGCCACUGUGACUGAACACGUCCACACUCAGAUUAAACAAGUUUCAGAUCUUACUCACCUAUCUGGUGGGAACUUUACCCAGAACCCCGCAGUGCACAUCACUGCAUACUCACAAAUGACAUAUCUUGUACUCUGCUUUGUUGCUCACAAUUGGCUUCUUGUUGCCAUUACCACUCACUGUCAACAGCUGAACACACGUCAACAAGCCAUGACUUCAAAAAAAAAGAAAAAAAAAAGCACUGAAAGAACAACAACUGCAACCUUUUCUUGUAUUGCCCCCCACAUUUUUUAAUCAGUCUAAAAUUGGCAUGAGAGCUGAUGUCAUACUCAGGCUUUUUGUGGCCAUAAACAACAUUUAUUUUUUUAGACCAGUUGAUCUGCUGUCUCCCUUUUCUGCUAUGUAGGUUAUCAGGUGACCACGGAUCAGCCUCCACAGAGGACGCGUUAGCUGUUCCAAGUCGGGACCUGUGGUGGAUCAGUUGGUGACGUCUCUGCGCCCGACUUGUCUCCAUUCAAGGUGAACUGUAUCCACUCCGCAUCCAUUGCACCGGUCACCCAAGCCACAACCAGGAUGUCGUUGUGGCUUGUGCAGCCCUUUGAGACAUUUGUGAUUAAGGGUUAUAUAAGUCAACUUUGAUUGAUAGUUUGAGGCCUUUCGGUCCUUCGUAUCCAAUUAGGUUCAUUAGAUCUUCUAAGAAUUAUGUCAUAUUUAUUCUUAUAGCCAGACUUGUGACAAGGCUACAACUGUGUUUUGAAAAAUGCAUCAGUUUUUUCAAAAUAAAAAUAAGUGCAUUUUUUUCAAGUGAAAUGUAAGUAUAAUUCAGUCUGGUAUUUGUUUCAAA